GGGACAGCGCCUGGACUCUGCCGCCGGGAACUCGGCGGUUCCGCAGUGCCCCGGAGCCUCCAUUCGCGACCGCCCUCCGCAGCGAUGGACGGAGACGGUGACCCAGAGAGUGUGGGCCAGCCCGAGGAGGCCAGCCCCGAGGAGCAGACGGAGGAGGCGGGCGCGGAGGAAGCGAGCGCGGAGGAGGACCGGCCGGAGGAGGGAGAAGAGGUGGCGGCCUACCUCGACGAGCUGCCCGAGCCGCUGCUGCUGCGCGUGCUGGCCGAGCUGCCGGCCGCGGAGCUCGUGCAGGCCUGCCGCCUGGUGUGCCUACGCUGGAAGGAGCUGGUGGACGGCGCCCCCCUGUGGUUGCUCAAGUGCCAGCAGGAGGGGCUGGUCGGGGAGGAUGGCGCAGAGGACGAGCGCGACCAGUGGCAGCAGUUCUACUUCCUGAGCAAGCGGCGGCGCAACUUGCUGCGCAACCCGUGCGGGGAAGAGGAUUUGGAGGGCUGGUGUGACGUGGAGCACGGUGGGGACGGCUGGCGGGUGGAGGAGCUGCCUGGCGACUGUGGGGCGGAAUUCACCCAGGAUGAGAGCGUCAACAAGUUCUUCGCCUCCUCCUUUGAGUGGUGUCGCAAAGCACAGGUCAUCGACCUGCACGCUGAGGGCUACUGGGAGGAGCUGCUGGACACGACUCAGCCGGCCAUCGUGGUGAAGGACUGGUACUCCGGCCGCAGCGACGCCGGCUGCGUGUACGAGCUCACGGUGAAGCUUCUGUCGGAGCACGAGGACGUGCUGGCCGAGUUCAGUAGCGGGCAGGUGGCUGUGCCUCCGGAUGCUGAGGAAGGGGGCUGGACUGAGAUCUCCCACACUUUCACCGACUAUGGGCCCGGCGUCCGGUUCGUCCGCUUCGAGCACGGAGGGCAGGACUCCGUCUACUGGAAGGGCUGGUUCGGGGCCCGAAUGACCAACAGCAGUGUGUGGGUGGAGCCCUGA